GUCGAGGGAAGGUCAAGGGACCUUCAUGCAGACGUCACCACUCUCUACACCCUCCAUUAAGACAAUAUAUCCCAAGAUUCAUCCCAUUCGCUAUUCACCUUUCAACUCGCAGCAAAAACCUACGAACCAUGAAUUUAUAACUAGUCCAAAACUCGCUUCCCUCUCUAUGGUCCCCUCCCCCCUCCGCAUCCACAUCUCCAUCUGCCACGCAGCAACAACUCAUCAUGCUUGACCCCCCCUCUUCACCGCUGCUGUGGACCCUGUUGCUCCUAGUCACCGCCCUUUGUCUUGCUCUUCUUCUGGUCGUCGCCUACACCUCCUAUACGACAGCCUACUUAGCCGCGCCCCACGAGAUAACCACCUUUCUCGAAGCUGUGGACUCUUCCAUACAGGAGAACGAAGGAUACGAUGGGGACAUCGCAAAGGUCCAGAAGCUAGAGGACAAGCUACGAUUGGGUAGAUUGCUGAGCGAGAUCCGGAAGAGCGGCGAUGAUCUGCGCGAGGAGCUGGACCGCCUCGUCCUGACCGAGGGCUCUCGGACGUUGCGUCCCGGCGCGCGGUUCCUUUGGGCGGGUCAUAGAAGACAAUUAGAAGAGAGGGUACGGCGACUCGACAUGUUGCGCAUGCGAUUCUUAGUUGUUUAUAUGGGUAUCGUCGCAGCCACGGCGGGGGACCGUGCGAAGCAGGCUGAGAGGACAACACCGAAAGAUCCGGAGAAGGCGGCUCUGCAUUUCCAACACCAGAUGCCUACCAGGCCGUUUCUUCCAAAGGGACUGGUCGAUAGCAUCAAGCAGAGACCAGCGCUGAAAAAGUUGACGACGCAGACAACAGCGACGACAGAACAACACAAAGACAAUGAGACCCCGCAUCAACUGUCCCACCACGCGUCCCACCAGACACCGCACAGGACACCGCAUAAACCACCGCCCCAGAUAAACUGGAUGGGCGUCGUGCAGGAGCUACAGCGCUCCCCGCUGAUGCACAGGCGCCACGCCUCGAUAGAGAUGGCGAUGCGAUCAACGCCCCCCGCGUCGCCGCUAAGCACCCCGGUGUCGCUAUCGCCCGAAAUGGACAACGGACGAUUUCGCAACGCCAUAGACCCUAUCCCGGAAGAUAGAGAUAAAGAUGAAGAUGAAGACAAGACCUGAUUUGACUUUUUGAGUUGUUUUUUUAAAAUACUGAGAGCGAUUUUGAGACGACCCCCCCUCCCCCCCUGACGGAACACACAGUACAAAUAGGAGAGCACGGACACAAGCAUGGCAAUCAAUACACACAUCGCUUGAAUAAUACGACGAUGACGACGACGGCAAUGACGAUGUAUAACGAACGAAAGCCUUUUACGACCCUUCGAGAUUUCGGUGAGCCUGUUUACGAGCAUGUACACCUCAUUAUUAUUACUCUAAUUAC